CUGGUGUGUGUCUCACAUCCUGUCACGUCAUGUCACACAGGGCCUGGAUGGGGCACGUCGGUCGGUGAUCGGGGACAGCCCGCAGCUGCUGACGCACUACUACGAUGACGCCAGGACCAUGUAUGAGGUCUUCAGGAGGGGAUUCAGCAUCUCCGAAAACGGCCCCUGCCUGGGUUUCAGGAAGCCCAAGCAGCCCUACCAGUGGCUGUCCUACAAGGAGGUGGCUGAAAGAGCAGAAGCUCUGGGUUCAGGCCUUAUUCAGCAGGGCUGCAAGCCAUGCACAAAGCAGUUCAUUGGGGUCUUUGCUCAAAACCGCCCCGAGUGGAUCAUUUCCGAGCUGGCUUGCUACACCUACUCCAUGGUGGUGGUUCCCCUCUAUGACACCUUAGGUCCAGGAGCCAUUCGUUACAUCGUCAACACAGCUGACAUCUCCACAGUCAUUUGUGACAAACCUGAAAAAGCCAGAACACUCCUGGACCACGUGGAGAGGAGAGAAACACCAGGGCUGAGCUCCAUCAUCCUGAUGGACCCAUUUGAGAAGGAGCUGACGGAGAGAGGGAGGCGUUGUGGAGUUCGCAUCCAGACCAUGCAGGAGGUGGAGGACUGUGGCCGUAUGAGUCGUCAUGUGCCUGUGCCUCCUCGACCAGAAGACCUCUCAAUUGUCUGUUUUACUAGUGGCACCACAGGGAACCCCAAAGGUGCCAUGCUGACCCAUGGGAACGUGGUCGCGGACUUUUCGGGCUUUCUGAAAGUGACAGAGAGUCAGUGGUCUCCUACUUGUGAGGAUGUACACAUUUCGUAUUUGCCUUUAGCACACAUGUUUGAGAGAAUGGUACAGUCUGUAGUAUACUGCCAUGGAGGGCGCAUCGGGUUCUUUCAAGGCGAUAUUCGCCUCUUAUCUGACGACAUGAAAGCGUUGCGUCCGACCAUCUUCCCUGUCGUGCCGCGGCUGCUGAACAGGAUGUAUGAUAAGAUCUUCAGCCAGGCAGACACGUCCCUCAAGCGCUGGGUUCUGGAGUUUGCUGCAAGAAGGAAAAAGGCUGAAGUUCGAAACGGGAUCAUUAGAAAUGACAGCUUGUGGGACAAACUGUUCUUCAAUAAAAUACAGGCAAGUCUCGGCGGGUGCGUCCGAAUGAUCGUCACGGGUGCUGCUCCUGCAUCUCCAACUGUCCUGGGCUUCCUCCGUGCAGCCCUCGGGUGUCAGGUUUAUGAAGGUUAUGGCCAAACAGAAUGCACAGCCGGGUGCACCUUUACAACGCCAGGUGACUGGACAUCAGGUCAUGUAGGAGCUCCUUUGCCCUGUAACUUAAUCAAAUUGAAGGAUGUGGAAGAGCUGAAUUAUUUUGCUUCCAAAGGAGAAGGAGAGAUAUGUGUGAAAGGGCCAAAUGUUUUCAAAGGUUAUCUGAAGGAUGAAGAGAAGACAACGGAGGCGCUGGACCAGGAGGGCUGGCUUCACACGGGAGACAUUGGGAAAUGGUUACCUAACGGGACUCUUAAAAUUAUUGAUCGGAAAAAGCAUAUAUUUAAACUUGCUCAGGGAGAAUAUAUUGCACCGGAGAAGAUCGAGAAUAUCUAUAUCCGCAGUGACCCUGUUGCCCAGAUCUAUGUCCAUGGAGACAGCCUGCAGGCCUUUCUGGUGGGAAUUGUGGUGCCUGAUUCCGAAGUUAUGCCAGGCUGGGCAAAGAAAAGAGGGUUUGAGGGAACUUAUGCAGAACUCUGUAAAAAUAAGGCGCUGCAGCAAGCGAUAAUGGAAGACAUGGUACGGUUGGGUAAGGAGAGUGGACUUCAUUCCUUUGAGCAGGUCAAAGCCAUUUACAUUCACUCUGAUAUGUUCUCAGUACAAAACGGUUUGUUGACACCAACGUUAAAGGCCAAGAGACCAGAACUACGAGAUUACUUCAAAAAACAAAUAGAAGAGCUAUAUUCAAGUGUGUCCAUCUGA